GAAACAGCCAGUCGCUAGCCAACCGCCGCGCGGGCCACACGUCAGCUCCCGGCGUCAAACACACGCCCGCAAAACCAUAACAAAAACACACUCUAACAUGCAUUUGAAUUUAGAACUAUAGAACCCGUAUUCCCAAUUCGAAUCUGUUUAAACAGCUGUCAAAAUUUUGAGGUUAUUUAUGUACCAACCUUUUUUGUGUAGUGCAGUGCAGUGAUGUGAAUGUGUCUGAUUUUGUAAAUACAGUGAAGAGUGCACAGUGUUCAUAAACGGAAAACUUCUAGAAAAUAAUCAAAAUGGCAGCUUUCAAGUUUUUAAUCUGUCUGUGCUUCGUGCAAGCAGCUUUGGCUAAAGGGUCCAGGUCGAAGGUGGAGUGUACUCCCGAAGUGAUGAAGGUGACCAUUCCCAUGGACGGAGACAGGAGCAUCACAUACCUGGAACAACUUAAAGAUUACAAGCCUUGUCAGCCUGAAAUGGACGGCAACACGGCCAUGUUCGUGCUGGACCUGCAGGAUCCUCACCGUUGCGCCGUCAUGAGAGUGCUGGAGACCAACACUGGCAAACGCAGUUUCUACAGCACGAUCGUGAUAGAGAACUCAGUGGGCGAGGUGGAGACGGUGCGCGCGCGCUGCGUGCUGGAGGGACGCCUGCGCGCGCUCAGCAAGCGCGACGUGCCGCCCUUCCCGCUCGACUUCAAUGAGCCCGAUGUGCUGAACAUCACGAGGUACGAAGAAGGAAAAGCUCCCGAACCAGUUCUCGGAGCCAUCGUCAAGCAGAAUGGCAAACAGGUAUCAGGCGAGAUCUCAGUAACCCCCGGCACUCCGCUGACAAUGGAAAUAUUCCUGAACGACAAGUCAGCUCCUAUCUACGGUCUACUGGUGAACUACAUGCACGUCACUGAUACUGGGAAACAACAGGAGACUAUCAUAUUGAAUGGCUGCUCAGUAGACACAUAUCUAUUCGAGAACUUCGUGACGGCUGAUGGAGACACGCUGACGGCCAAGUUCAAGGCGUUCAAGUUCCCCGACACCACGUACGUGCAGUUCAAGGGUACUGUCACCGUGUGCCUCGAUAAGUGUCAGGGGGUACAAUGCAGUAACGGUCAAAUAGCGUACGGGCGCAGACGACGCUCCAUCAGCGCGGGCGCAGACAGCAACAAGGUGUACGAGGUCUCGCUCACUACCUUCAUUAAAGUCGACUUUGAGGACGGACAGAGGGAAGCAGAAGACGUACUAGCACUCUUGAAGAACUUGAAAGUAGCAAACCAGCGCCUAGAAGACAUGGACGGCACCCCAGCUACAGUUGCCGAGCAGACGUCCAAAAACGUUCUCAUUUACGAACAAGAAACAUUUACUGAGAGCAAAGCUAGUAUCCUAACUAGCAGUCUAGUAAUCUUAGUUAGUUUGCUUCUUCUGUUCAAGUAAAAAACCUGUUGAAAACAUGGCAAUAAAUACCUAAAAGUUACGAAAUUCUUCAACUGGCAAUUCUUUUUUUAAAGUCUCAAGAUUGACAGUCGAUGGUAGCGCCAUUGUUUGCGUCGAAUUUUGGAACUAACUUCAAUAUGAUCAGUUGUAUAAAUUGAGUUUUUUAACGGUUUUUUUAUACCUUAUUUACAAAGUCAUAAAACUGUUGUCUUAAAGUACAUAAAAACUAAAUAUUUUUGCCCCAAAAAUGUAACUAAUAAAAUCAAGUACAUAUUAAUGAAUUAAUUGUUUUAUUAAUAAUUGCUCUGAACCAUUCCGUUAGCACUUAACAUGAAACUUAGAAUAAAAUAAAGUGAUUUAACUAUAGCAAGGUAAUUCUAACGUAAUUAAUUUAGUUUAGAUUUUAAUGUUUUUAGUACCAGUGAAAAGGUGAGCGCACAUUGUUAUUAAAAAAAAUAGAUACAAAAUGUUUCUAAUAGUCAAAAAACCUGGAGACUUAAUUUAAACCAACUUUUUACCAUGAAUUUUCAUAUUUAGGCCCAAUUUCAUCGACAACAGUCAGCUUUCUUUAACCAACUGUUUAUAAUGAAUAUUUACAUUCAAUUUUCAGUAGUUUUAAGAAAAAAAACAUUUAUGUUGUUGGUGAAAAUGGGCCUGACAAUACAUAUUUUUUUACCUACAAUUAUAUCUACGAGUAAGUAGAUAUAAAAAUAUAGUUGUCAAAAUAAUGUGCGUUCAUCUAAAUCGAUCUAAAUCGUAAUGCAACCGCAUUAAGCCCACUAGUCUUAUGAUAACUGUUCCAUAGAUAGCCUCCGUCCAAUAGUUGUGAAUAUUUUAACAUAGCACUUACAAAUGUAAGAUCUCUACAGUUUUUGUAAAAGCUUAAUAUUUUCUAUCUUGAAAAAAUACGAAUUUUACUAUAAUAAUCAAUUUAACUGGCAACAUCUACCAAAAAGUUUGUCACAUUUUUUGCUUUGUAAUAAAUGACAAGUUUGUCUUUAUAAAUAAGAAAAAUACCUAUCAUCCAAUAUGUUACUUUAAUCACAAAAUAUGAUUACGAUACAUCACAUUCAUAAAAAGAUUUUAAAAAUCUCUCUGUCCUCGGCCAUAUUUUUCUACUAAAUAAUUUAAUAUUUUGGUGCUUGCAAUACUGACACGUUUCGUGAUUCCAAUUUCGAAUUAGCUUUUUGGACCCUUUUUACAAAUUGUAUUUUUGGUUUUACUUCGAUAAGUACUUUUAUGUAUAAUGUUUUUUUGGAUUUUAAGUACUUUUUGGAGUUGCCUAUUAGGGGUAAAUUUAUCUCGUUACCUAUAUUAAUGAUCAGGGUUUAGGAAGAAACUAAGUGACCAACGAAGGUGUACAAAGUUGCUUUAGUUAAAAGCCAAAUGUGAAAGCGUCCUUAAUAUUUAUAGGAUUUUUAUCAUUUUUUUCAUACAUAAUCAUGGUUUUGGGGUUUUAUAAAAUCCAUUGAUUCAUCCAGGUGGACAGGGUUUUUUCAUAAUAACAUCGCGUUCAAAUUUGUAAAAAGGGUCCUACGCCUAACUGUAAGAUUAAGAAUUGAUUAGAAAUAAAAAUUAAAUAAAUAAAGAAUAUUUUCGAAAUUA